UAAAAACACAUUUGACAGGAAGUAAAGCAUUGAUUUAUUCACCUGCAGCACUGCAAAUAAAUCCCACUUUUUCAUGAUCUGAAGCCCUGUUGUGGAUGUUAUAGAAGCCUCACCACUGUCAAUCUCCACAACAUUGGGUGAACCGGAAAAUAAACAGACCCUGAAUCGGUUCCUGUGCACGCUUAAAAACAAAACAAACAUGGCUGCUACAGGAGCCGGUUCUCCGGGGCGGCUGGUCCAGUAUGUGGUCGUCCGGACGGACCUGGUGCACCAGCUGUCCUGGCCCCUGGGAGCCGUGAUCACCCAGGCCUGCCACGCCGCUACGGCCGCCAUACACCUCCACUACCGGGACCCGGAGACCCAGCAGUACCUGGAGGAGCUGGACUCCAUGCACAAGGUGGUGCUGGGGGCUCCAGACGAGGCAGCCCUCUCUAAUCUAUCAGAGACUCUAACAAAGGCCGGUGUGGCCCACAAACUGUGGAUCGAACAACCAGAGAACAUCCCCACCUGCCUGGCUCUGAAGCCGUGUGCCAAAGAGACCGUCCAUCCGCUGCUGCGCAAGUUCAAACUCUUCAAAUGAGGGCCUUUUAAAGACUUUGUCCCACUACGCACUACAGAGCAUAUCAGGAUCUAAUUUCAUCUAUAAAAGGAAAACAUCUGUGCUCUUUUCCUCGGUGCUUCCAAACAUCUGUAAUGCUGAAGAUUAAAGUGGGGAAAAUAUGAA